AAGCGGCAGCGCCUGCCUUGGGAGCUGGGAGCCGAGCAGGGGUAGUCCCGGGGAUGACCGGCCACCGCAGCUGGGGCUACGGGCGGGAUGACGGUAGGUUCCAGCAGUUCCGUGCUGCAUCUCUCUAUCUUCCCCCCACUCGCUUUCUUUCUAGAGCUGUUGCCUGAGCCCUGCAGAGCUGCCUGCAUUUCGAUGUCUGCAAGCAUCCAGUAUAUUCAGCAGGACCUUCAGAGUGGCACAAAUCUUAUCCUAUUGCCCAGGGGAACCGCCAGUCACCUAUCGAUAUAGUUUCUGCAAGAGCAGUGUAUGACCCUAAUCUGAAGCCGCUUAUUAUCUCCUAUGAAUCAUGUACAUCUCUCAACAUCUCCAACAAUGGCCAUUCAGUUAUGGUUGAGUUUGAAGAUGCUGAUGACAAGACAGCCAUCAGUGGUGGUCCCUUUGAGAAUCCAUUUCGGCUGAAGCAGUUUCACUUUCACUGGGGGACGAAGCACAGCGAGGGAUCAGAGCAUACAAUUGAUGGCAAACCUUUUCCGUGUGAGCUCCACUUAGUUCACUGGAAUGCCAGAAAAUAUGCAACAUUUGGAGAAGCAGCAGCAGCUCCAGAUGGCCUGGCAGUAGUUGGUGUUUUCUUGGAGAUUGGGAAAGAACAUGCCAAAAUGAACAGACUCACGGAUGCUUUGUACAUGGUAAAAUUUAAAGGAACAAAAGCUCCAUUUAGAAGCUUCAACCCCAAAUGUCUCCUGCCUUUGAGUCUAGAUUAUUGGACAUACCUUGGUUCUUUGACAACACCACCCCUUAAUGAGAGUGUAACAUGGAUAGUGCUGAAAGAACCCAUCAGAAUUUCUGAGAAACAGCUGGAGAAAUUCCGCAUGCUCCUCUUCACCAGUGAGGAAGACCAGAGGAUCCAAAUGGUGAAUAAUUUUCGCCCCCCUCAGCCUCUUAAGGGGAGAGUAGUUCGAGCUUCCUUCAAGGCCUGAGGAAAACUGAUAAUGGCCCUGAGAUAUCCAAGAGCUUCCACAUCUGAGAUAUUAUAAACAAACUCUGGUGUCCAGAUCACUCAUGGAACAUACAAGAUAGCCAUUUCCAUGAAUACUCUACUUGGAGGGGAACAAUCUUCUGAUUUUGUAUUUUAUUUUAACUGCUCAUUACUCUGAAAAAUGGGAUCUUUUUAACGAGCACUUCUUAAUAUAAGGGAUAGUUGAGUAAACUAGAGAGUUCUCCAAAACCUGAAACUCUAAAAAUUAAGAUUAAAUUAAAAUCCCACCUAAUAUAUAAUGGAAAAUUAUGUUGUGAUCUACUAGUACUGAUGGCCACAACUUCUAAUUCUCAUUUAAUACACAUUGAAACAGUAGUCCAGAAUUUUGGACAAAUUGGACUUAAAUUUUCCUUAUUGAUCUUGUCUGAUUAAAAAAUUGCUUUCACUGUAUUCCUGCUGUCUGUCAAUACAUACAGUGCACACAAGUAGCACUAGAAAAAAGUUCUUUACUCAUCUCAAGUAGGUACUGGUAUGAAAAUUAUAUAUAUAUCUUAAAGAUACUGUUCUAAAAUGAUAUUUUAUAACUAAUUUAAAAUAACAAUGUAAAUGCUGUGUUUAAAAGCAGGCCAUUUUAUUGCACAGUGUUGUGCAGACACUUGUUCUUUCAGCCCAUGCAGUAUACAUAGCUAUAAUGCCCUUUUCAAUUUUGUUGAACAUCUGUAGCAAUUCAGGUAUAUGUGUUGUGGUUCUUAAUUGUUCAAAUUCUACCUCAGGUAAGUGAUUUGCUCUGCAAUAGGACCUCCUUCAUCGUCUGCCCUAAAGAAAGUAGAUACUGUUUACUUCAGGGACCUAACAUGGGCAGACCUUGACUGCACUGAAUGUGCAUUGCUGCACAAACCAUCCCCUUGCUAUGGCAGGCCAUCGGGGAUAUACUCCCUGCAGAUGUCAGGUUUCAUCCGGACUGAGUCCUUUUUUCUUCAGAAGAAAGUUAGAAAAGCCAUGUGUUGGUAUUUCUGCUUCUGCAGCUUAGUGACAAACUGCAGACUUGUCUCUGGUACUAAAUACAGUGAUGUCAUCUGUAACAACCCACAGCCUAUUCUCAGUUACUUUAAUUCUGGGCUUCAAAUGUUCUACUUCAGCAAUUUCCACCUGAACUAUACAGAUGAUGUUCAUCAUCUUUCAUCAGCUUAGAUGGAGGAAUCAAAAAUGUACAAUGUAAAGUAAUGCAGGGGGGAAAAAGAACAGCUACUAUGGGCUGUUCCCCUUUCUCAGAACAGGAGGGAAGACACUAGAUGUGAAGCACGGUACAAGGAAUGGAAGACUAGAAUCCAGACCUAACUCUUCUACAGUUUUCCUGAUACACUGACAUAAAACUUCUGUUCCUCAGUUUCCUCUUAUAUAAAAUGAGGGUAACACUGACCUACCUCACAGGGAUGUUGUGAGGGCUAAUUCAGCAUUGUUUUAGAUGUGAGAUUCUUAUAAAGCAGAUGCUAAAGGAAAUGGAAAACCAUUAAAAAAUGCAACAUUUUUAGCUAUUACGAAUGUAACUUUGCUAGUAAUGCAAACUGAUA